AUGCUUAAAGUACACGAAUUCUUUUCAGUUGCUACUUAAUUAGCCUACAAUGCAGCUAUCAUUAUUAAUCAAAUUCGAUUAUCAACUGAUAUUGGUUAGAAAUGGAAAGGCAUUGAUGAUCCAGUCACAAUUGCUGAUAUUAAAGCUUAAACCUAUAUUAUUUAGCAACUAUAAAAACAUUGGUAAUCUUUAGUAUAAUAUACAAGGCCAUAGUUAAAGAUUGUUGGAGAAGAAUCUACUGUGUAUGAUUAACCAAUUGAUUUACCAGAUACUUAUAACAAUCUUUAUACAGAGGAUAUAUUCAACAAAACACCUAAUAAUUUAAAGGUUAGAACUCAAUAUGAAAUAGAAGAUCUAUGUGUUUGGGUUGAUCCUUUAGAUGGCACUUUAGAUUUUGUUUAAGGUGAUUAUGAUUGUGUCACCACUUUGAUUGGUCUCUCAUAUAAGAAGUAAGCUUUAAUGGGUAUCAUUUCCUAACCAUUUGUUAAAAUUGCUGAUAAACAAUAUGAAUUUAAACCUAAGAUAUAUUUUGGUCAUCAUCCUUAAAGAAGAGUGUUUUAUACCUAUGAUACUAAGUAAUUAAUUCCCUUUGAACUCUUAAAGCCAUCAUAUGAUCCUUCCAAUAUCAUAUUGUGUACAUCAAAAAAUAGAAUAACUGAAACUAAAUAAAAACAAAUUUAAUCUCUUGGUUGUCCUCUCUUAUAAAUGGGAGGAUCUGGUAAAAAGAGUCUUUCAAUUUUAGAAGGUAAGGGUGAUUUAUUUUUAUAUAUUGGUGUUAAAAUGAGCAAAUGGGAUAUAUCUGCACCUGAGGCUUUAAUAAAAGCAUUUGGAGUAUUCAAAUUAUAUAAAUAUAGGGUCGUUUUGUAGGAUUAGAAGGAUAAAUUUAUGAUUAUAAUCAUGAAGAUAAAACUUAUGAUAAUCCAUAUGGUCUUUUAGCAAGUAUUCAUAGUGAACUAGUAGAAAAAUUCUUACCAAAAACCACUGGAUUGUUAUGAUU